GAGGGUGAGUGGGGGGCGCGGCGCAGCCAGCCGGUGAGUUCUCGGGCGGGCAGGGCCAGCGUCGCUUCCCCCGCGGCCUGGCGCCGGAGCCACCAUGUCGUUCGCGCUGGAGGAGACGCUCGAGUCGGACUGGGUGGCUGUGCGGCCCCAUGUGUUCGAUGAGCGCGAGAAGCACAAGUUUGUCUUUAUUGUGGCCUGGAACGAGAUUGAAGGCAAGUUUGCCAUAACCUGCCACAACCGGACGGCCCAGAGGCAGAGGAGCGGCUCCCGGGAGCAGGCGGGGUCGCGAGGAGGCACCGAGUCCGGCACAGCGGCGUCGGAUGGGACCCGCGGGCCCGGCAGCCCGGUAGGCAAGGGGCGGCCCGAGGCGACUGCCUCCGCGACUCUGGGAAGGAGCCCGGGGCCGCGGAGGAGCCCGGCCUGGACGGAGGGCGGCUCUCCGCGGAGCGCGCGCAGCCUUCGUGGGGACUCGCUGCUGCGGAGUUCGGCCGGCAAAGGGGCAGAGAGCCCUCUCAGGAGCCCAGUGCGGGCCAAGUGCAGCCCAGUCCGGAGGGGAUCUGAUGGCAGAGAUGCGGCGGGGGUCGCCGCUGCGGCAGCCCCACCGGCGUCCCGGGAGGCCCCGGUGUCGUCGGUGCGGGUAGUGAGCGCCUGCGGGGCGGUCUCCGAGGAGAUCGAGGUGUUGGAAAUGGUGAGGGAGGACGAAGCGGCCCCGGCGUCCCUGGCGAUCUCGGACGCGGAGCAGCAGCCACCCGCAGCUGAGCUGGAUUCCGCGGCCGAGGAGUGCAGUUGGGCCGGGCUCUUCUCCUUCCAGGACCUGCGCGCAGUGCACCAGCAGCUGUGCUCCGUGAACUCGCAGCUGGAGCCGUGCCUGCCCGUGUUCCCUGAGGAGCCCUCGGGCAUGUGGACCGUACUGUUCGGGGGCGCACCAGAGAUGACCGAGCAGGAGAUCGACACACUGUGUUACCAGCUCCAGGUCUACCUGGGCCACGGCCUGGACACCUGCGGCUGGAAGAUCCUCUCCCAGGUACUCUUCACUGAGACCGACGACCCCGAGGAGUAUUACGAAAGCCUUAGCGAGCUGCGGCAGAAGGGCUACGAAGAAGUGCUUCAGCGGGCCAGGAAGCGCAUCCAGGAGCUCUUGGAUAAGCACAAGAAUACAGAGAGCAUGGUGGAGCUUCUAGACUUGUAUCAGAUGGAGGAUGAAGCCUACAGCAGCCUUGCAGAAGCCACAACUGAACUCUAUCAGUAUUUACUACAGCCAUUCCGAGACAUGAGAGAACUUGCCAUGCUACGAAGACAGCAGAUCAAGAUUUCCAUGGAGAAUGAUUAUCUGGGUCCCCGAAGAAUCGAAAGUCUACAAAAAGAAGAUGCUGACUGGCAGCGGAAAGCUCAUAUGGCCGUGCUAUCUAUUCAGGAUCUUACUGUCAAAUAUUUUGAAAUAACAGCUAAAGCUCAAAAAGCUGUGUAUGAUCGAAUGCGAGCAGAUCAGAAGAAAUUUGGUAAAGCAUCAUGGGCAGCAGCCGCUGAACGUAUGGAAAAACUCCAGUAUGCGGUUUCUAAGGAGACUCUGCAGAUGAUGAGAGCUAAAGAGAUCUGUUUGGAACAGAAGAAACAUGCACUAAAAGAGGAGAUGCAGAGUUUGCAGGGUGGUACAGAAGCCAUAGCCCGAUUGGAUCAGUUAGAAGCUGAUUAUUAUGAUCUGCAACUUCAGUUGUAUGAAGUACAGUUUGAAAUCUUGAAGUGUGAAGAGUUACUAUUGACAGCACAACUGGAAAGCAUCAAAAGACUUAUAUCAGAAAAGAGAGAUGAAGUGGUGUACUAUGACACUUUUGAAAGCAUGGAGGCCAUGCUGGAGAAGGAAGAGUUGGCAGCAUCAGUGCAUUUACAGAGAGAAGAGUUACAGAAACUUCAGCAGAAAGCACGCCAGCUAGAAGCAAGACGUGGACGGGUUUCAGCCAAGAAAGCCUACCUCAGAAAUAAAAAGGAAAUUUGUAUUGCAAAACAUAAUGAAAAAUUCCAACAACGCCUUCACACUGAAGAGGAAUAUAGAACCCAUCACACACUACAGCUGAAGAAAGAAAAAUUACAUGAUGAAGAAGAAAGAAAAAGUGCCUGGGUUAGCCAAGAAAGACAGAGAACACUGGAUAGACUUCGAACUUUUAAACAGAGGUACCCUGGCCAAGUCAUACUUAAAUCAACUAGGUUGCGACUGGCUCAUGCAAGAAGAAGGAGUGCCACCAGUCCUGUGCCCUGUGAGGACCAGUGCGACUCUCUACCAGGAGUGCUACAGGUAGAAGAGAAAAGUGAAGAGGUGGGGGAAGGAAGAGGCAAGCUUGGGUCAUCACACACAACAGAAGCUCAGAUCCUCGUGCAACUUGAAGCCACUUCAUUACCUCUCAGUGGUGUUACCUCGGAACUGCCUCCCACUGUUUCUCUUCCACUUUUGAAUAAUACUGACCUUGAACCAGCUUCUGUUACCACAGAUCCACUCCCACCACCUCUUCCUCCAACACCACCUCCCCCACCUCCACCUCCUCCCCCUCCCCCACCACCACCACCUCUGCCUGUUGCUAAGGACAACAACCCAGAGACACUGGAGACAGGUCAGCCUAGAAUGGAGGGAAACGAGAAGAGGAUCCCGAAGUCUGCAAGUGCCCCUUCAGCACACCUCUUUGACAGUAGCCAGCUGGUCAGUGCCAGGAAGAAGCUCAAAAAGACUGCUGAAGGUUUACAGAGGAGGAGAGUGAGCUCACCCAUGGACGAGGUGCUAGCUUCCUUGAAGCGUGGUAGUUUUCAUCUGAAAAAGGUUGAACAGCGAACUCUGCCUCCUUUUCCUGAUGAAGAUGACAGUAAUAAUAUCUUGGCACAAAUAAGAAAGGGGGUAAAAUUGAAGAAGGUACAGAAGGAAGUUUUGAGAGAAUCGUUCACGCUUCUGCCUGACACAGACCCUUUAACACGGAGCAUCCAUGAAGCUCUUAGAAGAAUCAAAGAAGCAUCCCCUGAGUCAGAAGAUGAAGAGGAGGCUUUGCCUUGCACAGACUGGGAAAACUAACAAGUAAAUGGUCUUACUUUCUUCAGUAGCACCUGGUGACUCAACAGAAAGAAAAAAAUACCUACAGUUGAAGAUCGGUUCAUAUUCUUUUGGAAAACAAAAUUUUAAGCACUUGAUGCAACAAUUGGAUUUCACUAAAUCCAAAGUAUUUUGUCUCAGUGGUGUGAAAAAAAAGGAAGCACAAUUGGCAAGUUAUCACUUUUCCAGUCAUUCCAGUAGAUGGUGGUUAACAUGAGUUUUAGAUGUGCAAUGUUCCUGACUGCAGUGAAGAAAAGGCCUUCAAAGAGAUCCCUGUUUUUGUUUUUACCACCUUCCCCUCCUGUCCACUCACUUACGUACUUGUAGUGGCCAUUUAAGCUAGGGGUUGCAGUGAGUUGGAAGAACACUGGGUUGACAGAGAUCUACUGUGAGCUGUAUUGGGACUGCUUUGAAAUCCAUCUUUCCAGUGCACUGAAUAGUCAUCUGCUUGAAAAUUAACAGAGCUUCUUCCAUUAUCAGCUUAUAUAAGUAAUGUAACACUCGGAAAAAGAAGUUUAUCAUGAUAGUUAUAGGACAGGAAUUGAAAGAAAAUCAGGUGGAAAUGUACUGAAAAUUCCCACAUUACCCAUCUCAAAGGAAUUUUCGUAAAGAUGUUCAACAUCUGGAAAGAUACAUAAUAUGGAGAUACAUCUAUUAAUGUGUUUACCACAACAUGAUAUAUUUAACAUGGCAUAUUUUUAGAAGACCACACACUCUUACAUUCUGUAAGCUUUUGAAGUAAAAAUUUCCAUGUUUUUAAAUAGCUCUUCAUAAUUGUGAAUUUAUAACAGUUUGAAUUUUAUGUGCAGCUUUGUUUAUGAGAAGCAAUACUUUGUAAUUUGAUAUUUCAAAUUAUUUUUAGUCUUUUUGUUUGAACUAUUGCUUGAUUAUUAUAAUUCAACAUGACUUUCCUAUUGAGAAUCAAAAAUUAGGAUUCAGUAAUAGGGAUACAGAUCUUAAGUGUUUUUAUCAUGCACCAUUUAAAUUUUUAUUUUAUGCUCCACAGUGAAAAAAUGUGUGCUCCACAAAUUUACAGAAGAAAAUAGCCAGGCAGAAAAGAAAAGCCUCCUUAACUGUCAUUUCAUUAUCUUCACAUGCUUUGAGUGGAAUUUUGGGAGAGAGCUUUGGUAUUGUCACUAAGUUUUUAAACAUGUAUGUAGCUCUAGGUGCCGAUUUUGUUGUAAUGGAGUCCUGAAGGAUGCAUUUAUAUGAAUGGCCAUUAUGAAUUCUCAGCUGGACUAUUGUGGGCUUGAAUGAAGGUAGAUAUGUUGGACCCAGUUUACAGUACUCUGUAGAGUAUAAUUCUGCAUAAGACAGACCUUGGCCUUUAUAUGAAGGGAGUUAAGGACUGCAGUACCAAAAAACUUACUUCUUAUGAGGCAAUUUUCUGGCUUAGACCCAGAGUAAGCAGUCCCAGAGUAAAAGCCCUCCAAUGUGUAUGAAUUGUUAUUCCUGGAAAAAAAAGUAAUAUUCAUACCUUUGUCACUUUAAAGUGUUAUUUCCUUGAAAAUAAUUGUGGAGAAAAUUUUCUGGCAAUAGGUUGUAAACAAAAUCUUUCUGCUUAAAUGUUCGUAAUAUUUUUACUGAUAAGACUAGGAGCUUUUUUGCACAGCAUUUUCACAAUACAUUGGUUUAUUCUAGUACUGUUCUCACAUCUUGUCUGGGAAGAUUAGAAAUACAGAUAUGAUAUAUAAACUGAAUCUUUAUCUCAUGUUUGGGGAGUGGGGUAGAUUUUUCCCUAUAUACCAUCAGUAAAGCAUUGAAGCAUGCUUUUUAACCCAAAGAACAAUUUGUUUAUUGAUAAUUGUUAAUAUAUUUGAAGAAAAUUUUAGCAAAUUUGCAAACCUGAAAAAAAUUGUGUAUCAAUUUUAUGCCUUUGGAUGUUUGUUCAUAACAUGUUUUGUUUUUCAUUCAUUGACAUUUAGAAAAAUAUGGGAGGAUCUAGUAUUAAAUUAACAGUGUAAACACUGGAACUUUUAUAUUUAGAGGGAAUUUGCUACCCAUUUUGUGUUGCAGCUGGGAUUCCUUUAAAAAGGAAACUCACUUAUAUUAUAAAAGGGUCCUGUGAUCUAUCUUCCUGAGCCAUUUUGUAAUAAGCUCUAGCAAAUAAUAGAGGGUGUACAGACAGACUCCUAUGAUCCUUGGAGGGGUAUUUCCACAGCUCUUAGCACAUCCCGUUGUAGCACUUCAUAAAGGUUUUCUUAAUUGAAGAUGAGUAGGUUAAAGCAGCCAGCUAUGCUUACUUAGUCUCUGGUAAAUAAUUUCUACAACACACUCACUUCCCUUCAAGAUUCAGGUUCCUACUUCCACAAAAUUGCGUGUUACUGCAGGUCAUCAACUUUUUAGAGUUCUCACAAAUAAUGUUAAAAUUUAAAAUAACUACAGUCUACUUGUCCAUCAAAUUGAGAUAACCAGUUGAAUCCUCAUCUUAAUUUUAAAGCAGUUUCAGAACCCAACAGGACUUAUGUAUGCAUGGUUAAAUUCUUUUCUUUUUCCCUUACCCCGAAUAAAAUGAGCAUGUUUGGCCUUAGCAUUAAAUUUGUAUAUAUUUAGUUAUGAUGGUACUUAUGUUUCCAGUUCCAAACUUGGCUGUACUAUUUAUAUGGUUUAAAAUAUUUGACAGUUAUAUUUCGGUUAAUAUAUUAUUUCCAUAUUAAGAAUCCACAAACAGCUGCUUGCUUAUGCUGAAUCAAUUUAGAAGUUAAUUUACCAAUCUAGUCUCAACUGCAAUAUAUGUAAAAUAGGGAAACAAGUAGAUGAUGACUUGGGGGAUGUUUUGAGGUUAAUGUUACUGCUCACUUGAAUGUCAGUUUUAAAUAUUUCUCUUACUAAUGUAACUAAAAUUUUGUAUGUAUAACCAACGUGGCAUGUAUAGAGAAGGUAUUCCUAAUGAUUUACAAUCCUGACGGUACUGGAGUGUAGCAGUAUGAGGAAAUGCCUGGCUAAAGAGGAUUUUUUAAAGAUGAGCACUUAUGCUCACUCGAUAUAUAUAUUAUUGGCUUAUUGAGGUUGUGAGUGGCACAAAAACAAUCAUUCCUUAAUUCUUCAUUGUAGAAAUGAAACACUUCAAUAAAAUGCAUUUUCAAGACCAUUUUCAAAUGAACUCUUAGACACAGCUACGGCAGUUAUCAGGUGUAGUAUUUCCAUAGUGGGAAUGUGGGGCUUUUCUUACAUGAAACCAUAGAAAAUUUUCAGCACUUUCAUGUACUCUGUAUAGUGAGAGGGAAAAAAAUCCUUGUUUCUACAAAGCUGAGCCAUGUAGCAAUAUUUGGUAACCUAUGACAUGAGCGUUUUCUGUCAUAAAAUGUGUUAAAUUGUAAAGCAUUCUUUGGCCUUAGCAGACACUAAGAAUUAAAACUCAUACUAGUGGAACAAAAAUUAAUGGGCAGCAUCCUCUCUAUUUAGAAUGGGGCCAGAAUACAAUUAAUACAAUUUAAUUUUGUACAUUCCCUAAGACACCAUUUUUUAAUUACAUUCACUAAGUGUGUAUAUAAAUUUAAGUCAGUGCUUUUAGCUUAAGGAAACUUUUUCUUUGACUAAAUACAAGGGUGUUUUGUUUUGUUUUUUAACCUUCAUAAUUUCAUUAUUGUGCACUUACCAUCAGAUACCAACUUGUAAAGUACUAAUGGGCCCUUAAAGGCCUUAUCAGGGAGUUAAAUUUCAUAUACUUUACCAGGUUAUUUGUAAAAAAUCUUUUUGAACAGCUGUAAAACAUUUAAGAACUGGCAGACACAUUGUUAACAUGCAACUAUUUGGUAGUGAAAGCAGAAACCUUAACAAGUUUUACCUAAUUCUUGCACUGAAUUUAAAUGAUAAUAUAAAGUUAAAUGUACAUUUUAAACAGAUUAUAUUCCCCAUUUAUUGCUUAGCAUAGGAGAAGAACUAUGCUUAGUGUUAGAGGAUUGACCAGCAAGAUUGAUUUCAGAUGGAAGAGAGGUAAGAAAGGAGAAGCACCUUACUGUUGGAGCAUGCUGUGUUUAUUUAGUGCUACUGAACAAUUCAGUAGCUAUUUCUGAACUUUGCUGCAAAGUGCUGUUUAGUUAAAGCACAUAGAGAAGAGUCUCUGCUUAAUUGCUUUGUAAAAUGAAGCAGUGGUAUUUUUUAUCCUAUAAAUAUAAUCUAAUUUAAAAAUUUUUCCUACAAAAUGAGUUUAUAUUGCUGCCUAAACUAUCAUGUAUGUAGACAAAGGUUUUUUAAGGGUGAGAGGGAGUCUGGGUAUUCAUUCAUAUUCUCUCUCUCUCUCUCUCUCUCUCUCUCUCUCUCUCUCUCUCUCUCUCUGUCUGUUAAAUGUUUGCCCAUUGAGUUAUGUCAAAGAUGUAUUCAUUCUGAAAUUUUGUGUUUUGCCCACAGUAAAUGUACAGCUUGGUAUUUGAGGAAUUUAACUGACUGAAUUCCAAAUUUAUAAAUGUUUCUCCUCUUCUCCAAACAUUUAUUAUGACACUGUAAGGUGCGUGUACAGAAAAUACCUCUGAGAUUGACAUUAAAUAUUUUAUCAAUGUUAUUUCACACCGAAUCUCAAAGCAAUCAUUUAUUUUGAGGGUUAGGGGAAAGUUUGUUUUGUUUUUUUAAAUCAGGUAUAACUAAGAGUGGCUCAAUUUGGGGAGUUAAGACAGGACCCUGGAAAGUGAUUUUUAGAUGUGUACAAAAGGUGUGGGUGCUGGUUACAGCGUUCAGUUUUGACAAGGGAAAUUUUGGGGUUUUUAUUUAACUUGCAUGUUUUAUGGUUAACUAUCAAAGAGUGUAUGUAACAAGUUAUUCUAGUUUUUCCCAAUACUAAUUAUACUGGUUUUAAGAAGUCUCCAUAAUCACAAGAUGGCAUUUUCCCUUCAUUUGUGAACCAAAAGGAGUAGACAGUACAACCCAUACAGUGACUUCUGACUUAUUCAGCUUGGACAGAAUCCCCACUGUCUCCUUGAACUUCUCAUUGUACUGUAUGUCUUGCCAAGGUUGAAACCAUAAUAUGUAGUUUAUGAAAAAUUGAAGGCUAUAGAUCAUUUUGCAUGAGUAAACCCAUUAAGGCUCAUGAAACUGACAUGUUUUUUAGCCUUUCCAGUUAAAUGAAAUUUUAAUGGCAAACCAAUUCACUAUUUACUAGCUUUGUGCAAUAUUAUAAUGGUAGAAGCAAAACACUAGCACAUUGUGCUUGGCUUUUAAGGAUUGCUUUAACACCCUUACAUUACAUGGGCAAUGUGCACAGUGUAUUGUAAAUGCCAACUCUUGCAAAUUUACAAUACUUAAAUAUGCUCAGUUAACAUUCUAAAGUAUUAAACGUACAAAGAAAAAACUAAGCAAGCAUUUAUAGCAAUACUCUGAAAUCUCCAAUAAUUGUUUUGACUGUUGACUUUUGCUCUUUAGUGCAACUUUUCUGCAUCGUAAUUAUUGUAUUGCUUUGUAUUUCAUGUUUUUACACUCAUGACUUCAGAGUUAAGUACUUGUACACCAAGUUUUGCAAUCACCUUUCUCUUCUUGUACAUGCAAUGUAACAACAUACAGUUUUGGUGCUUAACAAUAUUCCAUUUUUUUCUUUAAUAAAAAAUAUUUAUUGAGUUAACCUCA